UUCCAGAUGCUUUCCCGGAGGAAGCCGAUUGCCCCCGGCAGCUCCGAGGGAUCUGCCCUCCGCCGCUGCCUCUCCACCCUGGACCUCGUGGCGCUGGGGGUGGGCAGCACGCUGGGGGCCGGGGUGUAUGUCCUGGCAGGGGAAGUGGCCAAAGCCAGCUCGGGGCCCAGCAUCAUCAUCUCUUUCCUGAUCGCAGCCCUGGUCUCCAUCCUGGCCGGGCUGUGCUACGCGGAGUUCGGGGCCCGCGUGCCGCUGACCGGCUCGGCGUAUCUCUACAGCUACGUGACGGUGGGCGAGCUGUGGGCGUUCGUGACCGGAUGGAACCUAUUGCUGUCCUAUGUCAUCGGGACCUCCAGUGUCGCCAGGGCCUGGAGCGCCACGUUCGAUGAGCUGCUUGGUAAGAAGAUGGGGAGCUUUUUCGGCACCUACCUGGCCAUGGGUUCUCCCGGGCUGGCCAAAUACCCGGACAUCUUUGCCGUCUGCCUCAUUGCUAUGCUGUCAGGGCUCCUUUCCUUUGGCGUGAAAGAGUCUACCACGGUCAACAAAGCCUUCACCGUCGUGAACGUGCUUGUCCUGGCAUUCGUGAUGGUGAGCGGCUUCAUCAAGGGGGACGUGAGGAACUGGCGGCUGAGUGUGGACGACCUGAGGAGGAUGGUGGUCCACGCAGCCAGUAACCAGUCCUUGGCAAGCAAUGGGACAUCAGCGUUCGGGGUUGGGGGCUUCAUGCCCUUUGGGUUCAGCGGGACGCUAGCCGGAGCCGCCACCUGCUUCUAUGCGUUCGUUGGGUUUGAUUGCAUUGCCACCACCGGGGAGGAAGUGAAGCACCCCCAGAAAUCCAUCCCGCUGGGCAUCGUCGUCUCCCUCCUGGUCUGCUUCCUGGCGUACUUCGGGGUCUCGGCCGCCCUGACGCUCAUGAUACCCUAUCACCUCUUGGACCCCCUGAGCCCCCUGCCAGCAGCUUUCGAGUACGUGGGCUGGAGCGCGGCCAAGUACGCGGUGGCCGUGGGCUCGCUGUGUGCCCUGACCACCAGCCUGCUGGGCUCCAUGUUCCCCAUGCCACGCAUCCUGUUUGCCAUGGCCAGAGACGGGCUCCUUUUCAAACCUCUGGCUAAAGUCAGCAGCCGCCAGAGCCCCGUGGUCGCCACCCUGGUGUCGGGGGCAGUGGCAGCUGUGAUGGCCUUCCUCUUUGACCUGAAAACCCUGGUGGACAUGAUGUCCAUCGGCACGCUGCUGGCUUACACCCUGGUCGCUGUCUGCGUCCUCCUCCUCAGGUAAAAGUACCAGCCUGCAUCUGACUCGCAGGACCCCCCGGAUGCCAAGGGGAUGGCCAGAAGGCUGCGGCUGGACUUGCUCCUCCGUCCACCCAUGCGUCCAACCCUGCGCUCCUACAGCCUGGUGUCCUGUGCCGUGACACUCAUCGCCCUGCUGGUGUGCACGGCGAGUGCCGUGACCGUGGCUGGGCAGCAGUGCCUGGUCUCUGGGGAAGCCUGGUGCAUCACUGGUCUGGUUCUCCCUCUCCUGGGGAUUUUGGGGGGGGCUCUCGUCAUCUGGAGGCAGCCUCAGAGCAAGAGGAAGACGUCCUUCAAGGUUCCCUGCCUGCCCUUCCUGCCUCUGCUCAGCCUCCUCGCCAACAGCUACCUGAUGGCCCAGCUGGGCACGGACACCUGGCUGGGGUACGCGGUGUGGAUGGUGAUCGGUUUCCUCAUCUACUUUGGCUACGGCAUCCGUCACAGCUCCGAGGGACGCAAGGCAGAGCCAGAAAGCGCAGCCGGCGAUGCAGCUGAUGAGAUUAGGAGGAAAAACUGAGUCUAGCAAGGCCGUGACUUGGGGCGAUGGCGUUGAACCCAGGCUACAGGGUCUUUAUAGGUGUGUUGGCUACAAAUGUCCAACUCGGGAUCCUUAAAAUUCUAGUUUAUUAGGCAGAUUGAAACACUGUAAUCAUAAACCUUGGGGCUGGUGCCCCCCGCCCCACACACACACACACACACAUGCACACACACAGUAGCAAGCUACAGUCAGGUAUACCUAUCCUACAAGCGCUGGAGUCUGUCGUUGAGGCUUCUUUCAGCGUGGUGUUAUCUUCCAGAAGGGGGUCGCCAGCUGGUCCUUCUGGCUGGACAGGUCUGGUCCAGUUGGAGAUCAAGAGGGCGCCACCGAGGGUCACUUUUCACUGCCUUUUAUCUGUCCCUGGUAGACUUUGGUGACUCCCCAGUUUUCUGGUUUGCCCAAUCCAGGGGUCAUUGACCCUCAUGGGACUUCCCCCCCUCGGUGGCUACUGGACAGCAUCUGUCAGCCCCAGGGGUUGUCCACAUGUACGUGCAGGUUUGGGAGUCCGUUGAUGAAUUUAGAAUAGGGCUCUGGGAGUGGUCGAUCUGGAGAUAUUCAGCCCCAAAGUUGGUCUCUGGUGUUGAUGAAGUCAGGCCAGGGCUUCUAGCCCUUGAUCAGUGAGGUUUAGAGAUUUCCCGGUUGUUACAUUGUCUUCUAUUGAGUUCAGCUUCCAGGUGAGAAUUGCUGCCUGCUUCCAUGUUACACAUUCAAUCACUGAUUCACUCACUCUUUCAGAGGCCAGCCUGAUACAGGGAAGGGCAGUUUGAUUCCUGCCCUUGUUAACAUUGUUACAAUAUAUAACUUACUCAAACACAUUUAGUUGCAAGUUGAAAGGUGAGGAGUAUAAAAUAUAAACUACAAAUGCCAUGGCACACAAAUAGAUAAAAAUACCAAAAUACAAGGGGAGACACAAAAUGCACACACACACAUUUUAAAACACAAUUCCUUAUCUUAAAGUGAAAGCAAGAGGAAGGAAGAAAGGUAGAAAAAGAGAAACAUAUCCAAAGAAGGGAGAGCAAAUGCAGGCAAGAGGAAAAGGGGGCU